AUGCAUAGUCAACCUUCGUCAGACCAGGAGAAACCGUCGAGCUCCGCCCUGGAACAUGUAGCCGAAAGCUCCCUGGAAGCCGUGGACGAAAAGCGGCUACAUGAUGAGGCACUGCCCGCGUAUAGUGUCGAGAUGGAGAAUCGAAUCCUCCGCAAGAUGGACCUUCGUAUCAUUCCAAUGCUGGCCGUGCUAUACCUGCUCGCCUUCCUGGAUCGGGGGAAUAUUGGCAACGCGAAAAUCGAGGGAUUGCUGGACGAUUUGAAUAUAACGGGGCCGCAGUACAAUUGGUGUUUGACGGUGUUCUUUUUCACCUACUGUGCAUUUGAGCUGCCCAGUAACCUGUUGCUGAAGAAAAUGAGGCCGUCAAGGUGGUUACCGUUACUCAUGGUCGCGUGGGGUAUUGUUAUGACAUUGAUGGGUGUUGUUCACAAUUACGCAGGACUAUUGUCCACGCGUAUUUUCUUGGGUGUUGCCGAGGCUGGUCUUUAUCCCGGAGUUGCAUACUACAUCACCCUGUGGUACCCUCGACACCGGGCUCAGUACCGACAGGCCUUGUUUUUUAGUGCUGCCAGUAUUGCCGGUGCAUUCUCAGGACUUCUAGCGUACGGAAUUGCAAAAAUGGACGGAGUUGGGGGCUACGCCGGCUGGCGCUGGAUUUUCAUUUUGGAAGGCCUGCUCACUGUAUUAGUAGCAUGCAUCGCUCCGUUUGCCAUCCAUGACUCUCCCGAAACCGCCAAAUUCCUUACAGAGGAAGAACGAACAUUCGUGCUUCACAUGCUGCGUACUCACAACACAGGAGGAACGUCGGAAGCUACCGAAUUUCGUAUGAAAUAUGUAGUUGACGCCCUCCUCGACUGGCAGAUUUACGUGUCCAUAAUUGUGUACUGGGGUAUUACCUGUCCUCUCUACGGUAUCUCGCUUUUCCUCCCCUCCAUCAUCAAGGAUCUCGGAUAUACAUCGUCGACAGCCCAAUUGCUCACAGUCCCAAUCUACAUCACGGCGGCUGUAGUCGCCGUCAUCGCUGCUUGGCUAUCGGAUCGCCGAAAGCAACGAUCGCCAUUUGUUCUCUUCUUCAUGUGUCUCAUCGCUGCCGGAUUCAUUAUCGUGCUUGCCUCAACCGGAAGAGGUGUCCCUGGCGUGGUGUACUUCGGUGUAUUCGUCUCAGUUGUGGGUAUCUAUCCCGCUUUUCCAGGAAACAUCACCUGGCUCAGUGCCAACCUCGCCGGCGACUACAAGCGCGCCUCUGGAAUGGCCAUUCAGAUUGGCCUGGGUAAUUUGGCUGGUGCGAUGGCAUCAAAUUUCUACCGCGCGCAAGACGCACCGAACUAUAUACUCGGACAUUCCCUGGAACUGGGCUUUUGUGUCGCUGGCAUGAUCGCCGCGGUUAUGCUUCGUCUAUCAUAUAAAACGAUUAACCGGAAACGAGAUCAGAUGGAUGUAUCAGGGCAGGACAAGGCUGAGAUGGAGAAGAUGGGGGAUCGGUCGCCGAUGUUUCGAUAUAUGUUAUAG